AAAUAAUCGGGAAAACUCGGGGAAGAACCUGCAAUACUCUGGUGUGGAUCAAUCGGCUGGAAAAGGCAGGCAAAGCAAGUUCCACUUCACUCUCUCCCCCAUAGUUUACGGCUUCGUAUACCUCCUCCUCCCUGAGCAUCGAAUCCAUUUAUACACAAACACCUAUGGCUUCCACUUCCACCUCUACUAUCUCUUUUUGCUCUCAUCCUAAGAUUUUCCUCCGGCUUCAUUCGCUAGGGUCCCCACGUGUGGGCUUCGGCGCUUCUGGCUUGAACUACCAUGCCAAUGGUGCGUUCCUCUCGGUUACGCAUAGGACAAGAGGUUUCAGAUUGAGAAACUUGGUGCUGAAGGCUACGUUGAGGUCCGACAGCGGUUCCAGGCGGGCUGCAACUUCUCGAAGAGUUUACAGAGACUCUCAAACUCAGAGCUCAUCGUUGGUUGCCCCGGUCAAGCAGCUUGCCUCUACUGUUUUGCCUGCCGGUGUUUUGGUUGUGUUUACGUUCGUUUUAUGGAAAUUGGUGGAGAGACUCAUGGUUCAGAAGUCAGAUAAGUCGUCUUCAUCCGUGAAAAACAAAUGGUCGUUUGGUGCUGGUAUAAAUUUGUUUCCGGAUCUUGCUGCCAAGGUUGACAGAGAAGCCAAAUUGAAGCUUAAUGACUUUGCAAAAGAGCUCCGAACUUUUAGAAGUGUUGACAUGACAGCACGCAACUUUGGAGAUGAAGGACUCUUUUUUCUUGCCGAGAGUUUAGGAUACAAUCAGACAGUUGAGGAAGUUAAUUUUUCUGCAAAUGGAAUAACAGCUGAAGGGAUAAAAGCCUUUGAUGGUGUCCUUCAAUCAAAUAUUAUUUUAAAGACCCUUGAUCUUUCUGGAAACCCAAUUGGAGACGAUGGAGUUAAGACUCUGUGUGAUUUGCUAGUGAAUAAUUCUAGCAUUGAGACGCUUCGGCUAAACAGUACUGACGUGGGAGAUGAGGGUGCAAAAGCUGUUUCCGAGAUGCUGAAGAAUAAUUCAAGCUUGCGCAUAAUUGAGCUUAACAAUAAUAUGAUUGAUUAUUCUGGAUUUACAAGUCUUGGCGGAGCACUUCUUGAAAACAACACCAUACGGAACAUACAUCUUACUGGCAAUUAUGGUGGUGCCCUGGGAGCUAAUGCUUUGGCUAAAGGACUUGAAGGGAACAAAUCACUGAGGGAACUUCAUCUGAAUGGAAAUUCAAUCGGUGACGAGGGGGUGCGUACCUUAAUUUCAGGUUUAUCGUCGCGUAAAGGAAAACUUGCACUUCUUGACAUUGGUAACAACUCAAUCACUGCCAAAGGUGCCUUUCAUGUUGCCGAAUUCGUUAAGAGAACUAAGAGCUUGGUUUUGUUGAAUUUGUACAUGAAUGAUAUCGGUGAUGAGGGUGCUGAAAAGAUUGCUGAUUCUCUAAAGCAAAAUCGGACAAUAAAAACUUUAGAUCUGGGAGGGAAUAACAUACAUGGUGAGGGUAUUAGCAAGGUCGCUCAAGCAUUGAAGGAUAACGAUACCAUCACAACUUUGGAAAUUUCUUAUAAUCCCAUUGGACCAGAAGGAGCGGAGGCUUUAUCUGAGGUGCUGAAGUUCCAUGGAAAUGUAAAAAAUCUCAAGCUUGGUUGGUGUAAGAUAGGACCAAAGGGUGCUGAAUUUAUUGCAGAAACUCUGAAAUAUAAUACUACAAUAUCUGUCUUGGAUUUACGGGGCAAUGGUCUACGGGACGAGGGUGCAACUUGCCUUGCUCGCAGCUUGAAAGUGGUCAACGAAGCUUUAACUUCACUAGAUUUAGGUUUCAAUGAAAUAAGGGAUCCAGGUGCUUUCGCCAUUGCUCAAGCACUCAAAGCGAACGGGGACAUAGCAGUUACAUCCUUGAAUCUCGCCAAUAACUUCCUGACCAAAUUCGGGCAGAGUGCUUUAACAGAUGCCAGAGAUCAUGUCCAUGAGAUGUGUGAAAGGGAAGUUUGUAUUUCUUACUAAAAUGCUUUAACAGAUGCACUUUGCGAAACCAAGCAUUUACUUGAAUCCCCCCCCUCCCCCAAGGUUUUUCUUGCUUUAUUCUUUGAGGGACUUAGCUGUGAAAUUUUGACGUUGAGAGGAUUAGGAAAUUGUAUCAUAAUUUUUUCCCCAUGUUCUAUUCUUUAUUGGUUUGAACCGAACUCAACAAGCUUAUAAAAAAGCUUCUUUUUCUAGUUCAGAUGACCUACAAAUGUGAUGACCGAGUGGUCUAUGAUUUGAA